AUGCCCCCUAAGCAGAUCGACAACAACAGCCCUGGAGCCGCCCCUGGCGACAACCCCCCGACCACGCCCACCAAUGGCGAGCAACGUCGCGGAUACGGUUACGGCCAGCGCCUGUCCUUCUCCCUGCCGGAUCGCACUGCUUCGUCUGAAGAAAUCGAAUUCGCCUUCUCCAUGUUCGGCGGAACCCCGCGUCCCUCCUUCAUGACCGAUCUCGAGAACCCCUUCGCCGGCUUGCGCAUGAACAGCCCUCCUGCCGACGAUACCACCACGCGCGACACCACCAUGGGCGACACCGACAUGGGCCAGGGCGACACCGGCACCGCACGCAUCCCCACCGGCCCGCGCGUGCCCACGACCCCAGGCCGUGCCCGCCACGAGCGUCGCACCUCGUCCGGAAACACGUUCAGCUCGCCUGGCUCGUACAACACGCCCUCUGGUGUCCGCAAGUCGCGCCACCACCGUCGCUCGUCCGGCUACCAGCGCCGUUCCAUCCACCGCCCGGUCCGCGCCCGCUGCUGUGGCUGCAAGCUCAUCGUCGGCUUCUUGCACGAGAACGCCAUGAUGUGCCCGACUGACCACUGCGGUCACUUCCUUUGUGUCGCUUGUACUAAGGAGGGCGGUCUUGGUUCUGGCCUUAACUACGAUGAUCCGAAGGGUCGUGAUGACAAGGAUAAGCGCCGUGGUGGCAAUGGUGACAGGAGGACCGAGCAGGGCGAUGGUAUGAUGCUAAACUACUAG